GGCUGUGAUCUGCACUCCUUCUGAUCAGUGUGCACUCGUUAUUUGCCUACUAUCUUCUGCCUCCCCGUUUAUGCACGCUCUCAUCUAGGUGACCAGCCAGUCAGCCGCUUGUUGUUGUGUACUUCUGAGCGAUUGACAUCGUCGCAAAUCUGGGAUGAAACCACCGCGUUCCACUGCAACGUUGGAAUCAGUUAUGGAGACGAUACAAAAGUCUCUGGAAGGAUUGAGUGUUGAAGAAAAGGUUGCGAAAUUAUUGAAACGAGUUGUCGAAAGUGAGGAUCAAAACGCGAAGCUGAAGGAGAAAGCAUCACAGGUGGAUAAGCUGACGAAAGCAAAUACUGCGCUUGAGAAGAAGCUUGAAAAGGCGAACCAGAUUCUGUUAAAAACAGAAGAUGCUAAGGGAAAGCUGGAAGAACUGUGUCGCGAGUUGCAGAAAAUGAACAAGCAGAUCCGCGAAGACAGCUUAAAUAAAGUACGUUUGCUCGAACAUGAAAGACAACAGGCUGUCGAACAGCUACGGACAGCUUUGAAAAGUAUCGAAGCUAGUAUGAACGAAGGCAGAGAACGAUCGGAUGCGUUGGCUGCUGACAAUGGACGAUUAGCUGAAAAACUGAAAGAACUUGGGGAGGAAUACGAGUCGCGAAUCAAUGCUAUUCAAGAACAGUAUAAUCAGAAAGACUCUUACUGGCAAGAGUAUAAUAAAGCCAAAGAUAUCGAAAUCAAGCUGUUGAAAACAAAAUUGGAGGCUGCAGAAAUCAAUGCCCAGAAAGUGGCUUUGGAAAAAGAAGAGCUGACUAGAACAUUUGUGGAAGGUACGGCGAGGAUAGGAGGUGCUAUCGAAAAUGAGAAGAUGCUCCGAGCAGAAGUGAAACGUUAUGCUGGACGAUACGAGGAGAUCACCAAAAGUUUGGCCGAAAGUAAUGCUGCAUUCGACAAAUUUAAAAAGGAGAUCGACAGAGUAAAUACCAACUUCAAAAAAGUCGAGACCGACUCGUUCAAGUGGAAGCAGAAGUACGAGGAAGCGUCUAAAAAUGUGCUUGUGUUAACGAUGGCAAAGAAGGAAUUGGAGGAGAACGCCGUGUUGCAGCAGAAAAAACUCAGUCAACUCGAGCAGCUCUGUCGAGCUUUGAGCUCUCGGCAAGCGGCGAAUUCGCCGACUGCCGCCGCCACCGCCACUGCCACCACCGCUGCCACGCCCAAUGAAGACACGCUCAACUCUGCCCCAGAUCAAGCACCGUCCUCGUCGUCAUGAUCCAUGGAUCUCUUGCAUUUUGUUUCAUCUCUUAUCUGUAUAAAACUUCAUAGAGC